CACACAUGACCAACCAACAACAUAGUACAUCAAAGAAAAAGAAGAAAAAACAUAGAUAUUUUGUGCAUGUCAAUCAACAUGCUGGAAGGAAAAAUGUUUCCACAUCUACCAUCAUUUCUAAAGCAAGUUCCACACGACCUAAAUUCCACCCUUUACAUGUUUCUUUCAUUCUUUAUCAGCAUGCUGUUUGUGUUCAAGUUUACAAGAAGAAACAAACUUAAUCUACCUCCAUCCCCACCUAGAUUGCCAAUAAUUGGAAACUACCUUCAACUAGGAACACUUCCUCAUCGCUCUUUUCAAUCCCUGUCACAAAAAUAUGGUCCUUUAAUGCUGUUGCAGCUUGGUCAGCUUCGUGUGUUGGUGGUUUCCUCAGUAGAUAUGGCAAAAAAAGUCAUGCAAACACAUGACAUGGUUUUUGCGAGCCGACCAUGUUUGACAUCAUCAAAAGCCCUACUAUAUGGAUGUAAAGACAUUGCUUUUGCAUCUUAUGGUGAUACAUGGAGACAGAAAAAGAAACUGUGUGUGAUUGAAUUGUUGAGUCAGAAACGGGUGCAGUCAGUGCAGUUUAUUAGAGAAGAGGAAGCUGAGGCAUUGAUUGAUAAGAUACAUAAAGCGGUGAAUUUGAGAAAUGAUUGCUGUGUGAACCUUAGUGAGAUGCUGAUUGCAACAGCAAACAACAUAAUCUUUAGGUGUAUAUUUGGAAGGAAAUAUGAUGGUUGCCAUUUUGGAGAGGCUGGGAGGGAGAUAAUGGCUCAAAUUUCAGAUUUUAGUAUGAGAGAUUUGUUUCCUUUGUUGGGUUGGAUUGAUGUUCUCACUGGCCAAAUUAAAAAAAUUAAGGUCACUUUUGAACAAAUGAAUGAUUUCUUUGAUAGUAUGAUUGUGGAACAUAAGAUGGCUAGGAGGGACCGCAACAAGAAAGAUUUCCUAGAUAUUCUACUUCAACUUCAGGAUGAUGGUCUUUCAGACUUCGAGCUCACACAAAAUGACUUAAAAGCACUCUUAAUGGACAUGUUUUUAGGAGGAAGUGACACAACUUCAACAACAGUAGAAUGGGCUAUGGCAGAGCUUGUAAAAAAUCCAGGCAUAAUGAAGAAAGCACAGGAGGAGGUAAGAAGGGUUGUAGGGAAUAAAUCAAAAAUAGAGGAGAGUGAUGUCAACCAAAUGGACUACAUGAAAUGUGUAAUCAAAGAAACUUUGAGGCUACAUCCAGCUGCUCCUCUUUUGGCUCCUAGAAAAACAACAUCUAGUGUUAAACUCGGGGGUUAUGAUAUUCCUGAUAAAACAAUGGUAUAUGUUAACGCGUGGGCAAUCCAGAGGGACCCUGAAUUUUGGGAAAGGCCAGAAGAGUUUCUACCUGAGAGAUUUGAAAACAGCAAGGUUAAUUUCAAUGGUCAAGACUUUCAAUUUAUCCCGUUUGGUUCUGGGAGAAGAAAAUGCCCAGGUAUUGCGUUUGGUCUAGCUUCCUCCGAGUACACGGUUGCUAAUCUUUUGUAUUGGUUUGAUUGGAAGCUACCUACAAAUGGUGCAUCUCUUCAAGACAUAGACAUGACUGAGAGAUUUGGGCUCACUGUCAACAAAAAAGAUCCUUUGUGCCUCCAACCAAUACGAUACAGCAAUUUCUAAGAAUAAUUUCACACUUCUUUUUAUACUUGUCCAUCUAUAGUGAAAAAUAAGAUCAACAAAAAAGAUCUUUUGUGCCUUCAACCAAUACCAUACAACAAUUCUAAGAAUAAUUUCACACUUCUUUUUAUACUUAUCCAUCUAUAGUAAAAAAUAAGAAACAGUAAAGGUGCUCAUCUCUAAACACUGAUCAUCAUAGCUUAUUUUGUUUUAUUGCUUUUGUAAUGUAACUUGUAGUGAACAAGUUUUAUGCAAAUAAAUUUCAAAAAAUGUGGUUAGUGGCUUUCAGUUUCA